AUGAGGUGGAUACUGCUGUUGGGGGCCCUUAUCGGCCCUAGCAUCUGCAGCCGAGAAAAGUUUUUUGGGGACCAAGUUUUCCGGAUUAAUGUGAAAAAUGAAGAUGAGAUGAACAAACUGACCCAGCUGGUGAAUUUGGACAACUUCAUGCUUAACUUCUGGAAGCAUCCUUCUGCCUUCAGUCACUUUGUGGAUGUCAUGGUCCCAUCUAUCAGCCUGCAGCCAGUCAAAUCCUUCCUGAAGUCCAAAGGCUUAGAGUACUCUGUAACGAUUGAAGAUCUGCAGUCUCUCUUAGAUAAUGAAGAGGAGGAAAUGCAGCACAAUGAAAAGAAAGAACGGAGUGGUGAUUACUUCAACUAUGGGGCCUACCACUCCCUGGAAGCUAUUUACCAUGAGAUGGACCGCAUAACCAAAGACUUCCCUGGACUUGCAAGCAGGAUGAAGAUUGGACAUUCAUUUGAGAAUCGGCCCCUGUAUGUACUGAAGUUCAGCACUGCAGCAGAAGAGGGGCGUCCGGCCAUCUGGUUGAACGCAGGCAUCCAUUCCCGAGAGUGGAUCUCCCAGGCCACGGGCAUCUGGACAGCGAGGAAGAUUGUGUCUGACUACAAGAAGGACCCAGCCAUCACCUCCAUCCUGGAGAAGAUGGACAUCUUCUUGCUCCCCGUGGCCAAUCCUGAUGGCUACGUGUACACUCAAACCAAGAACCGAAUGUGGAGGAAGACACGAUCCCUCAAUCCUGGAAGCCGCUGCAUUGGAACUGACCCAAACAGAAAUUGGAAUGCCAGUUUUGCAGGAGUGGGAACCAGUGACAACCCGUGCUCUGAAACAUAUCACGGACCCCACGCCAAUUCGGAAGUGGAGGUGAAGUCGGUGGUAGAUUUCAUCCAAGCGCAUGGGAAUUUCAAAUGCUUCGUUGACCUGCAUAGCUACUCCCAGCUGCUGAUGUAUCCGUACGGGUACACGACCCGCAAGGCCCCGGACGCUAAGGAGCUGGAUGAGGUGGCAAGGCGUGCAGCCAAAGCGCUGGCUUCCCUGUCUGGCACCGAGUACCAAGUGGGUCCCACUUGCACCACUGUCUACCCAGCUUCUGGCAGCAGCAUAGACUGGGCUUAUGAUAACGGCAUCAAGUAUGCCUUCACGUUUGAGUUGAGAGAUACCGGGAACCAUGGCUUCCUGCUGCCGGCCAACCAGAUCAUCCCCACCGCCGAGGAGACUUGGCUGGGCCUGAAGACCAUCAUGGAGCACACGCGGGGCCACCUCUACUAG